CGUCGUUCAAAUCGUCAACGACAAACGACGACGACGGCCAGCGAUGAGUUUCCGGCUUAGAAGGGGCCUGCGGUGCGUGCAGCCCAACCAUGUCUUCUUUGCCCUCUUCUCCGUCUGCCUCUUCGUAUUCUGGUUCACCGGUUUUCGGCAACGACCAUUCAACGACCUCGACGACCUCCAGCAACCACCCUCAACGACGAGCGACAAGCGGUCAUGGUUCAAAUCGCACAAAACGAAAGGAAAACAGUACUCCCAUCCAAUACCACAGCUAAUGGACGAGGCAGAGCGCAAGUUUAACGAAAAGUUGGCAAGGCAGAGCAAAACGUUGUCUGAAGCUGUUGAUGAGUACAGACGACGUUAUCAACGCGAGCCGCCCAAGAAUUUCGACAAGUGGUGGGAAUUUGCUCAGCGGUUUGACGUGAAGAUGGUCGACGAGUACGAUAUCUUGAUGGAGGACCUGGCUCCGUUCUAUGAGUUGCCAGGUGAGGAGAUUCGUCGGCGAGUCGCUCAGGUUGGCCAACUACCGUCUAUUGACCUUGUCCGUGUCAGAAAUGGGCACAUCACAGUCGAGAAUGUGCAGAAGGGCUUCCAGGAUUCUGAAGUUAGCGCCCGUGCUCGAGGGUUCCGCUCGAUGAUGGGCAAGUUCGCGGAUACGCUUCCGGACUUGGAUUUCCCUAUCAACGCAAAAGCAGAAGGACGGGUCCUUAUUCCUUGGGAACACCAGCAGUACCCGAACCUCACACGACAAGAUUCCUCAGGCGGCGUCGAAGAAAUGCUCGGGGGACCCUUCCAAGCAGAUUGGCGGGGGGAUGAAAACGUCUGGGAAGCCUGGCGUCGAACAUGCUCUCCGGAUUCGCCAGCUCGUCGCCUCUACGCAUCAGUGCGCGACCCAUUUGCGAAGAAGGUUUCUCGAGCCAACGUCUCUACUAAUGCCGACUUUGAGUUUGCCGAAGGCACCUCUGCUUAUCUGGACUUUUGCGAACACCCGCAUUCGCAUUACACUCAAGGACACUUCUUUACGGAUUGGAGAUCGAUUCCGGUGCUGUAUCCUGUGUUCAGCCCCGCGAGGACGAAGGGGUUCAUGGAUAUUAGGAUUCCUAGCCAUUAUUACUACGGAAGUACGAAGGGGUACACGUAUGGCUGGGAUGCAGAGCGAGAGGUCCUGCUUCCCGUUGAUAAGAUGGAGAAACCAUGGGAGGAGAAGAUUAACAAGAUCUUCUGGAGAGGUGCGACUACAGGCGGGGGAAGCCAUCCGCCUGGCUUCUCGCCUCAAUACCAUCGACACAGGUUCCUUCGCAUGACUUCUGACACUUCCGACACCCCUCGCACCGUUACUUUCCCUCAUCCGCCGAACAGCACUUCCCUCGCCACCGUCACAGUCCCAAUCUCUACGCUUAACGAAGAGAUUAUGGACGCCGCCUUUGUCAAGGUGUCAGGGCUGUACCCGGGUGGCUUGAAGGCUUUGAUGAAGGAUCACCGGUUCGCAGAGCCAGUUCCACUAGGCGAACAUUGGUCGUACAAGUACCUCGUCGAUCUCGAUGGGAUGAGCUAUAGUGGCAGGUUCAUGGCCUUCCUCGCCAGCGACAGUGUACCAAUCAAAGCCACCGUCUACACCGAGUUCUUCUCCGACUGGAUCCAGCCCUGGCUUCACUUUGUUCCGCUAUCUGCGACCUACAAGGAGAUCUACAACAUCUACGCCUUUUUCAACGGGCCGACGCAGUCGAUGCUAAACCGCGUCAACUCGAGUCUAGCGCUGUUCUCUCCGGAGGAACGGGCUGGCAUGUGGCCAGAAGACGAGAGAGCUAGGAAGAUCGCGCAGGCUGGUAAGGAAUGGAAGCGGACCAUGGGACGGACGCUGGACAUGGAAGUGUACGUUUACAGGCUAUGCCUCGAGUGGGCGAGGUUGUGGGCAGACGAUCGGGAUUCCAUGAACUAUGUGCCUUCAUGAUACAAAUUCUGACCUCCUCUAAGCAGCGGUAGAGUGCUUCGAUGCUUUGCAAUCCUUUUUACACAUAGACGUCCCAAGUGCGGAAAAUGCAUCAUCCAUCUAAUGUAUAUCAAAGACUUCGGCCUGGCUGUUACUUAUAGUAGUUAAUCGUGCUCCUCGUGUGUACUAAUAAUACUUGGCUAGACUCGUCAUUGACGGUGUUGUUGCAUGUAUAUGUCGUUUAUGCUCCUAUUUGCUUACGGAUAGAGUCAUAACAAAAAGUU